AUGUCCGACCUUACUCUCUAUUACGCCAAGGGCACUUGCGCCUUUGUCCCGCAGUCCCUCAUCCUGCACUUGGGACUUCCCGUCAAGUUCGUCGAAAUGAAAGAUAGCGGCAACGGCUUCUCCAGUGCCAACGGGAGCAUGUCAAAUACCGAGUACAAGAAGAUCCACCCGCAAGGCUACGUCCCCGCACUUCGUGUUGGGAACGACGUCAUCACCGAGCUUGCUGCAAUCCUCGUUUAUAUCGGAUCACUCGCUAAGGGCCAGUCAUUGGUGGCCCAAGGAGAUAUAGAGCAGGCCCGGCUCACGGAGUGGCUGGUCUAUUUCUCCGACACUGUUCAUGGUGCGUUUGCCAUGAUCUACCGCCCACGUCGUUACGUCGACAACCCCGAUUUCCACGAGUCUGUUGUACGAAAGGGAAAGAAAGGGGUUGAGGAGUGUUUCACGCAUCUUGAGCUUCGUCUCAAGGGCAAGGUAUUCCCCUUUGGAGACCGCUUGACGAUUGUGGACUUCUACCUAUAUAUCUUUGGACGCUGGGCCCUUGACUGCGGAUACGACCUCGAGAAAGACUACCCCCAUCAGUUCAAGCAUUUCCAGCGUCUGGAGCAGUUGACUGGUGUUCAGCAAGCCACCGAAAUCCACAAGGCCUGA